AAAGCUGGCAAAGAGGAGGUGGUAAUGAAGCUCAAGAAACUGGAGUCCAGUGUGAGCACUGGCCGUAAAUCUGGGAGGUGUUACUAGCAUUGCCCAAGACUCCCUGGAGUGGCUGGAAUUGUGUGUUUGAGGAGACACUCUGCAGCCUGGACCCUGAGACUGAGGCAGCAACUUGGCCAGCUGGACUUGAAGAGUCUGAAGAACGAGGAUGGCAGUCAACAAGGGCCCAAUUUUGCUGGAUGGAGACCUGCCUGAGCAGGAGAACGUGCUGCAACGGGUCCUGCAGCUGCCGGUGGUGAGUGGUACCUGCGAAUGCGUCCAGAAGACCUAUGCCAGCACCAAGGAAGCCCACCCCCUGGUGGCCUCUGUGUGCAAUGCCUACGAGAAGGGCGUGCAGAGCGCAGGCAGCUUGGCUGCCUGGGGCAUGGAGCCGGUGGUCCGCAGACUAUCCACCCAGUUCAUAGCUGCCAAUGAGCUGGCCUGUCGGGGCCUGGACCACUUGGAGGAAAAGAUCCCAGCCCUCCAGUACCCUCCAGAGAAGAUCGCCUCUGAGCUGAAGGGCACCAUCUCCACCCGCCUUCGCAGUGCCAGAAACAGCAUCAGUGUCCCCAUUGCAAGCACUUCGGACAAGGUCCUGGGUGCCGCCCUGGCUGGCUGUGAGCUCGCCUGGGGGGUGGCCAGAGAUACUGCAGAAUAUGCCGCCAGCACUCGAGCUGGCCGACUGGCCUCUGGAGGGGCCGACUUGGCCUUGGGCAGCAUUGAGAAGGUGGUAGAGCUCCUCCUGCCUCCAGCCAAGGAAGAGUCAGCUCCUGCUCCUGGACGCCAACGGGCCCAGAAGCCUCCAAAGGCCAAGCCGAGCCUGGUGAGCAGGGUUGGGACUCUGGCCAACACCCUCUCUCAGCACGCCAUGCAGACCACAGCCCGGGUGCUGAGGCAGGGCCACGCCCUGGCCAUGUGGAUCCCCGGUGUGGCACCCCUGAGCAGCCUGGCCCAGUGGGGCGCAUCAGCAGCCAUGCAGGUGGUGUCCCGGCGGCAGAGCGAAGUGCGGGUGCCCUGGCUCCACAACCUCGCUGCCGCACAGGAGGAGGACCACGACAACCACACGGACUCAGAGGGAGAGGAGACAGAGGAGGAGGAAGACAUGGAGGCCACAGAGAACACGUUCCGUGAGGCCGCAGCCCCGCCCAGCGUGCAAGGUCUCCUGGGUGGUGUGGCCCACGCCCUGCAGAAGGCCCUCCGGAGCACCGUCUCAGUUGUGACCUGGGCACCGGCGACUGUGCUGGGCACAGCGGGAAGGAUGCUGCACCUCUUGCCACCCCGCCCUGCCUCCUCAACCAAGGGGAGAGCCAUGUCCCUAUCAGAUGCUCUGAAGGGCGUCACUGACAACGUGGUGGACACAGUGGUGCACUAUGUGCCGCUCCCCAGGCUGUCGCUGAUGGAGCCCGAGAGCGAAUUUCGGGACAUCGACAACCCUCCACCCGAGGUGGAGCGCCGGGGGUCGGGGGCUCCGCCUACCAGCCCAGAGACAGCGCCACGACCAGGGCAACCCCGUGGCAGCCAGCGCAGCGCGCGAGGACUCAGUGCACCCUCGUGCCCGGGUCUGGAAGACAAGAUGGAAAUGUCUCCUUCCCAGCGUCCGGGCUUCCCGGCGGUGCCCCGCGAGAAGCCGAAGCGCAGGGUCAGCGACAGCUUCUUCCGUCCCAGCGUCAUGGAGCCCAUCCUGGGCCGCGCACAGUACAACCAGCUGCGCAAGAAGAGCUGAGCGAGCCGCCGCCACACCCGGGCGGCCUCGCCCGCCCGCCCGCCAGUCACCGCUGGCCAGCCGUUCCUUAACAAUUUAUUACGCAGAACCCACACUGUCUAGGUGAGCGCUGACUUCCUCCAAGUGGUCCCUCGGUGACCCCAAAGCCUUUCUGACGAUGCCGCCAAGGCACAUCCUUUUAGGGCUUAGCAGUGAGCCCAUUUUCAAGGGGCACCCGAGCGGCAGCCUGUUCUGAUUGUAUGGUUGUUUUUUUAUUUUUUUUUUACUAAAAGAGUAAUUGCCCAACUCACUGUCACACUUCUUUAACCAAACUUGUGGCCAAAUGUCACGGACAGUUUCCAAAAUCCAGAUCCGUCCUCCGUGGACAAAUAGUUGCCAUCAAUGAUUGAAUGGUAUUUCUCACACCACCAUGAGGGACCCAACAGGACCCCUUCUGCCACAUGUUUAAGCACUGAACUCAGAGGUCCUCUGAUUAUCUAGGCCCUCAUCAGACUACUCUGAAGGGAACCACAGUUAGUGCAAAAGAUGUUGUGCAUUUAUUUAAAAUACCAGCUUCACUUUCAGAGUAUUCCCUACCCUUCAGCUACUGAGUCCUGGGUGUGUCCUCUAUCAGGCCUUCCAACUUCUCGCUCAGGGCCACAACUCCAUUUGCAUCAUUAGCCCCUUCUACCUGCAUCCUUUGAAAACUGGCAUCCCCAGGUGCUGGGGGGUGGCAGUGGUGGCCCUUCACCCACUAUAGACCAUUCUAAAUAUAUAGAUGUUGUAUGUGGACUCCAUAGACACAGUUCAUCCCAAGUUCUAUUUUGGGGAACAUUCGUGUUUAGUAAAUGUAGAAAAUACAUACAUUUAUAUUCUUUAAAAAUUCAAAUAUUGCAAAAGGGUGUGCAUCAUCUUUCCUGAAUUGCCCAGUUCUGCUUCACAGAAACAAUCAGAGCAGUCUCUUGUGUAUCAUCCCAGUUAUGGGCUCUGCAUGUGCAAACACGCUUUUGUUUGCACAAUCCGUAGGAUUUAUACUCGCUUUUUUUUUUUUUAACUUAAUACGUCUUAGAGAUCUUGUAUUGGUAUCAUAAAUUCUACCUGUUCUUUUUAAUGACCAUGUAUGUAGUAAGUACUUCAUCCUAUGAAUGUACUUGACUGGUUUCCUACUGAUAGACUUCUAGGCUGUUUCCAGUGGUUUGCUACUACAAACAGGUCUGUAAUAAAUGUCCUUAUUAAAAAAUGUCUCAUGUACACAUGUGGCUGUAUCUAGUGGAUACUCUUGUAACUCCUAACCCUGACAUGCUGAGUGAAAGAUAAUGCCCUGUAGCCUAGUGGUGAAGGGAGCUGGACCCCACAUGCCCACCCUGGUUUGAAU